AUGUGGAUGGAACAGGGGGAGAUUGUUUCAAUGGAGGUGGAAGGGGAUUCGUUGUGGAUUAAGGUGAAGAUUUCGCCGAAGAUUUUAAAUUUUAUAGUGGCGAAGGGGUUCAUUGCGGUGGAUGGAACUAGUUUGACGGUGGUGGAUGUGUUUGAUGAAGAGGAGUGUUUCAAUUUCCUAUUGGUGGAGUAUACACAACAGAAAGUUGUGAUUCCACUGAAGAAAAUUGGGCAGAAGUCACCUCAUUUGCAACGAUCAAGCGUAAAGUCUCUCUCCUUAACACUAUGCCGCUUCUCUUUACGAAGAUUUUGCGAUAUUGAUUCGCACCAGGGAUUAUUUGUUUAUAUCGACGAACUUCUGAUAGUGUAA